AUGUCGACGUCUACACAUGGCCGGGCUUCCGAAAAGUCAGGAGAGCCCAGUCACGCAUCAUGCCGCCGCCAUUGCUUGCACUUUGCCUGCUCUGCCCGUGGAACGACUCUGUCUUAUCCUGGAAGCUUGAUAACGGUCAUUGACCCGCUCAUGGAGGCCUUCCCUAACAGCAACUAUGAGGAUAUCGUUUACCCGGCCACGGACGAGUCUGGAAAGGCUUGCCCCGAGUCCAAGAUCGUCUUGAUGGGAUACUCCCAGGGCGCCAUGGUUCUUGGAGACAUCUUGGCUGGCGGUGGUGAUGGCAAUAUUCUUGGCAACUACACUAAGCCUCAGUUCGAUGCUCACACUGUUGGUGAUCACAUUGCGGCAAUCCUGCUGUACGGCAACCCUCGACACAUGCCGAACCAUACCUACAACGUUGGCAACGCUUCUGCGUUCGGUGCCACCGGCAAAUACCCUCGGACUGCUGGACAACUUGCUUCCUUCAACGUCUUCGCCGAUAGAGUCCAUGACUACUGCAACUACCACGACGGAGUGUGCGAUGCCAGCGGCAGUAAUCUCACUGCUCACAUGGCGUAUUCUUCGGAUUACGAUACACAGGCAGUUGCUUGGCUGGAGUCUAAACUCCGCUAAAGAGUGUCCGAGCCGUUGCUGAAAUCUCCUCUCUUGGUGCCGCACAGUGGAUGCCUAAAAGCUAGCCCUCAUUCGCCAAAAAGAAAGAGCCUGUCAGCAGCCGUCAGUAUUUCCGAUCCUAAGAAUACACUGUGAUCAGAAAUACUUGACUUAUUGUAGACAACAAAGAGUCAUAGAG